AACUCCUGGUAGGUAGUUAGGUACCUAUACGAGACUGACUUGCUGUUUCAAUGUCGAUGUCGAUGUCAAUGUCAGGUACGCUGUCAGUGUCGAUGUUCGUAUUCGCGUUUGUACCGGUGCCGGUGCAGGUCACUCUCAUAAAGAUACUCCUUACUCCGCGGGUCACGAUGGCAGUGGCAGUGAUAUCCGUGGGAACCGGGUACGAAAACUCCAUCCGACAGUGCCAGUGCCAAUGCAAUCCGUGCAAUAAUGACCAAAAGACUGAUAUUAGGGUCCUGAGGCUUGCCAUACAUACGUACCUACUACAUGCGUACGGUACCUCAAGUUCUCGUACUAGAAGUAUCGGUCUACACUGUAGAGUGGAUAAGGUACCUAGGUACUAUACUGUAGGUGCCUAGGCGCACAACUUUGAACGCGUCGGAGCCAGGCCUCAGCAUGCCGAGGAAUCAACACUCGCAAGGCUCACAUCCCUCACGCGUCGUGUACGGCAAGGCUACAACACAUUCCUACUAGUACGACGGAUACUCCCAGCUACGGAUCAAGUACCGGUAGAAAAGCAUUGACAAGACACCAAUGGCUCUAUGAUUGUAUUCUUGACUUCUCCAGACCGCAGCUUCUAGACAGCAGCGCUCACAAUCACCUAUGUACUCGCCUUGAC